AACUUGCAAAGUACGACAGAAGCUCUCAGUUUGAAAUUAAGAUGAGAUUACGUGUUGUCGUACAACAAAUUAUUCGGACACCAUUCUGUCUUCAUUCUACUCUGAUCUGAUUGUAAAACCGAUUCACCAGAACUUAUCGAUCCUUGCUUCAAAGAACGCCUAUGAUCACGGUCUUAAAUAAUCCAUAUUGUUAAGGCCAUUUCGUACGUUGGCUUUAAUGUGAAUCACUUUAGUCGGUGGCUUUUGUUUGUGGCCAUCCUAAAGGUUGAUUAAAUUUCUGUGAAGUUGAAAAGUGCACCUCACAUUAAGUGCGAAGCAUUCGAAAUUCUUUAGCAACAGAAAAAGUCUAAUUUCUUCAUAGGAAUGAGCAAACCGACUAGCUGAAACGCCACUCAUGCUUCAUAAAAAGUUCUUUUGAACUGCUAUUCACGUGCCCAUCGUUACACAUCUACUUUGCCAAAUGGACAAUUUUCUUACCAACACGCUGUUAGUUUUACUUAAGAAGUGUGUUGAAGGAUUUACCUGGAAAGAGACGAAAAAAAUAAGAGUUAUCAAAACCUUUUUACUGUCUGAAGAGAAUCUGCUGAAUAAUUGCAUUUAUAUAAAAGUUAGAUAAAGUCUCGCCCUAGUGGCAUUGUUUGUAUAUUUUACGAUUAACAUUGGGAAGAAGAACUAUUUGCUUUUAUCCAAAAUUAUACUUUUUGUCGGGCGUUAGUCAGUUAAAUCUAAUAUCCGCCUGUAUCAAGUUAUUAAUUAACAAUACAUAUGAAAUUCAACCUCAGGGAUACUACUCGUCUUUGAAUAUAUAAAGUUCCAACAACACUUUAAGUCUUGAUUUCAUAUGAUUUUCUCCAUUUGACAUCUUUUUCGCCGUGAAACCCAUUGUUACUCUAUACAAAUUUAGUUUGUGGUGAAUUUUAAGACAAUAAGUAACGUUUAUCUGUACCCACACUUAAUAAGCAUCAUCUCUUAAUAUCCUAUGUAUGUCGAUUAGCAAGUUGGUAUAAGUUAAUUUUGAAGCUUAACUUUAAAAUAACCCAUUCACCGAUUGCUCUGGUACCAGUCACAAUCUAAUUGUGAAGACCAAUAAAAUCACUUGGCUGCCAAAACUGAAGUGGACGGAGAAAUGUAUAAACAGGAGGUUUAAUAGCUGAAGGUCGAAUACCUUAACCAUUAAGUUACCGUCCCACAUAACUUAGUUAUGAUCUGCUAAGAAUAUCUUAAAAUUGUAGCAAUUUUGAUACAUUAGAGUUGUCUAUUCUGUUGGGAUUUAUAAAUAGAUUGGAUAUGCCAACUACCUCAUUUUGCUCAUGUUUUACUGAUUGUGAAUGCUCUAUAAACAAACGUUAUAUCACAUGUUGGAUUGUUUUACACUGCCACUAUUGUUGGAUAUAGCCAAAUGUAAGUCAAUCAAAGUAUGGAAGAAAUUGAUAGAUCUACUGAUUUGUGGUUAGAUACUUGAGUUAGAGCUCGGCGUCUGAAUAUUUGGGGUGAAAAGAUGUAGAACAAAAACCACAGAAAAUUUUGUGAAUGAUGUUUUCAAGAAUAUGAAUCCUUUAAUACUCUUUGCUUUUUGUUCCAUAUCACAUAAUUAACUUCCUCUUUUUAUUAAACUCCCUUGGUUACCGCCGUUGUCUGUUGUUCUCGGGUUUAUUGGUGCCCGUUGAUUCGGACCAAGAAUCUUUGUGCAAGUUUCUAUCAUGUUGCCUUGUUUAUUUGAAUAAAUGAGCUUAAACGACAAUGAAAAGUCAGCUUACUAAAAGUAUCUGGAAGUGACUGUACAACCGUAAGGUAGUAAUGUGACUUUAUGUUCGAGAAUAAAAAUCAUAUUUUUCACAUCUUUAAAUUUAUUUAGGUUGUUACGUAGAAUUGUAUGGGGUUAAAAUUAGCCAUAAUUUGUUUUCGAUAUCUUGUACUUCAACAUUGACUACUAAGAAUGUUUCAUCUGGAAUGUUAAUGAUUCCUAUUGAGCUGAUAUCAAAACUAAUGACAAAACGUCUGACAUUUCAUUCUACUUUCUUGGCUUUCGGUCUAUCUAUUUAAAAAUACGUAGCUAACAUAUUUUGGAACUCUUCAUCAUCUAAUUUAAUUUUGAUGAGCGUCGUUGACGCACAUGAAGUAUAAAAACCCUUUCCAUUCGUAUUGUUCUCUGUCCAAAACUUAAAAAUAGGUUUUUAUUAGUCGUUUGUGUUUGAAAUAAAAGUAAAUAGAUACUGAAAGUAGUUUACUUAAAGCUUCUGUUAUAAUAUUUAGGGAAACUUUUCCCCUACUAACCACAAUUUUGGUUAACAGCCCUUCAAGAAUAGUUGGAGUGGGUUCUCGAAGUAGUAUUUAAAUUAUAAUAACUAUGAAAGUUCUACAUCCUAUUUCUACCUGACACUGCAUUACUAUGACGCGGUCAAGCACAACCUUACUAUAGUUAAAGUAAUUAUCGAAUAGCUUUGACAAAGUAUAUGAUAUCCAUUCGGUUGAAGUAGCUUAAUUAUGGAUUUAUUAGGUAACGGAUGGUUAUAAGUUCUGUUAUCAAAACUCAUUUUGCUAAACAAAACAUUCACCUCAACUUAGUCUGUCCAUUUUCGAACGUUUCCAUCAAACUCACGUUUAUUUAUUCAGGUUACAGAGCUAAUUAUAUCCCUAAACUCAUGGGAAAAAGAAACGUUUUUGUAAUUGGAAGCUAUUAUGGAAGAGGUAUGCAUUUUCAAUUUAUAUGUCUAUAUCAUGCCCAGGAUUUAAGUCUAUCUCAUAGCUGCACACCACCCGAACCACCGGUUCGAUCUUCCAGUACUAUGUAAGUUAAGCCUGAUACAUUCAUGCUCAAUAAUUCUAGGCAUCGACACCCCUUGAAGGUUGCACCCAAAAAACCACUCCCAGAUCUGCCAAAGAAAGCUGGAAGAAGCAGAAGUAAUUUCAUAUCAUAUCAUUGCAUUUUUCCCUAUUGUGGUUUUACAUGACAAUAUCUAGCUUAUUUCGUUAAAUAAUGCUCGUGUACAACUCUUAAAAUCUUUUUAUUUCUAGCACAAAUGCUGUAGGCCUAAAAACAGGAACAUAACUGUCUUUGAAAAUUAUUUCGUCAAGAAAUAAAUGAUAUGAAAAACGUUUUAAAACGCUAUCCGAAGCUACAAUAGCCUACCAAAGGCUUUGCAUGAUAGUAAUGUAAUUGUGAAAUAUAGAAACCGCGAACGGUUGUCUUGAAAUAUUAACAGGCUCCGUCUUAAUAUUUUUGCUGGUUAGAUUUUCCUACACAUCUUACCAUAUGUUACUUAAUAUCGUGUGCUCUGAGGCAAUUAGAACGAUUUUAUGUAUCAAUACUGUUAUUUUGGAAGCCUGCUGGUUUUCUAUAGUUCUCUAGUUAAGCGUCUCGCUUCUGGAAUAUUUAGGUCAACUUAUUCUCUGUUAAAAUACCGGUGUUGUCACAUAUGAUCAGUGACUGAAUUUUAUUAGUCAAGAAAUGUGAUAUCUUUAUUAAUGCAAGUGAUGUAACGUAGCUAUAUUAUUCACAACCAUUUUAUCCACCAGGAAAAAUGCCUGUAGUUAUUCAGGGAGAAAUUCGGAACCCAAGAAACGUUAUCAUUUUCAAUUGAAACGAGGUGGAUUAGUAGUAUGAAAGUACUUUUGAAAGUUUUCGAAAAAGUUAGAAGAGCGUUUAUUCCGUUGUUUAUAAUACAAUUUCACUUGCAUUUAGGCAGUGAAAUGUCAGUAAAAACUUUCCGUGUAAGGGAUAGAAUAAAUUAUGCAAUACUAAAAGUCAGCUGUCUUUAAUUAGAAAAGAUGAAUUAAAAUUGAUUGUAUUAGUUUGCUUUAAGCUUUGCUCUGUUCAUGGAUGAAACAGAAAGGUACUCUAUCAAAAAUACCAAAGGCAAGCAUCGUUAAUGACCCUAUAUUCUACUAUAAUUGCUGUUUGUUAAUGGUGUAUGUACUUUGGUUCAAGCGAUUAAAUACAUUAGUUUAUGGGUCACGGAUAGUUCUGAUUGUUGUAUAUGCUGUAUAAAAAGAGACAUAAUAAAAUAUCCUUCAUUGCUUGAAUCCUAUAUAGCUUCCUUGGACGUGCAUAAACGACUAUUUAGAUGGAAAUAUAUAUAAUUUUCGUUGAUUUUUAAGUUUUUUAACUUCUGGUCACAUAUUUAAGUAAACUAAUUUCACUUUAUUGUAGUUAGAUUAUUCAGGUUACCUAAACUGACUAGUGAUCCGAAAAUUUCUUCUCCGUUAUGUGUUAGUCAUGAACUACACGUGGUCUAUGAUGAAAAUACCGGAGAAUUCAGAGGAAUGCCUGAGGAGUGGUUGGAAUGGUUACAUGCCGCUAAUAUAUCAUUUCAAGAGCGUGAGCAAAACCCAGAGCUCGUUAUCGAAGUUUUGCAGUGUUACGAUACGGCUAAACAUCGGGCUAGGAGACAAAAGUUUAUUAUGACGGAAGAACAUUGCUGGGAAAAUUUUGAAAAUACCACUUCAUGUGUAUGCCAUCAGUUUAUAAAUAAUGAAGUUUCUGCUAAUCAUAGAUGUAGAAACUUUCAACAUAAUUCAACUGAUUCAACUUCUUCAAAUGCAAUAUCUGGAGAUUCACCAUGUUCUGAUCUUUCUAUUCCUAAUUCAUGUCAAUUUUCUUGUACGUCAACAACAAAAGAUAUUCCGCCAACAGCACUACGACGACCACCACCUGUUCCACCUCAUUAUUCCGUUACUCAUCGACAGGAUGGAGACAAGAAUUUAGAGAUAGAUAAAAAUAAUAAUGAAGUUCUAACUACUGAACGAACAAAAUCUGACUCGCAUUUGGAACAGAAAUCGCUAUCUGGAAAUGAUAUUUGUUUUGUCGAUGCUAAUGUAGAUUCGGAACAUGAAUCAAUAUCCUUUCAGAUUUUAAAUCUUCACCACCGUUUUAAGGCUUCAAAUGAAUGUAUUGACUGUGAAUCCAUCCGCAGUUAUUCCAAUAUAUUUUACAGCUCAUUACCAUUAGAUGAAACAAAAGAGAUAGAAAAACUAGAUCGAAAGGAAUCAGCUUUUCAAAUGAUUGAUCAUGCUAAUGACAAUGAUGAAAAAUCUGAUAAGAAAAGCACAUGUGAAACAGAUUUGUGCACAGAGGUGACAUUCACUAAUGCUUUGCUUGGAAGUAGUCUUAAUGAAACAAAUAGAUUCAUAAUUGAGGAGGAGCCCUACGGUGUGGAAGAAAUCGAGGUUUACGAAUCAGAAAAAGUGUCUGAUAUUAUCUCUACUAAUAGGACAUGUCAGCCUGUCACUGAGAUGGAGAUUAGUUCACAAAAUCAUUUAUCUUUAAUAAGUUCGACUAAUUGGCAAAUAUUUUGUUGUAUUAGCGAAGCGGCAUUUACGUCAAAUAUCACAGAUUCAUCAUCAACUGGUCUGCAGAUUUGCUUGGCUCAACCAGAAUUGGAUGAAGAUACUCAUCUAACUGAAUCAAUACAAGCUGAUCAAAACGAAUCACAUACUUCCGAAGUUACCCAAAAGCCUAUAUUUCCUGAUAACAGUUCAAAUGUUUCACAAUCAACUUCAUCCGUUGAACUGAAAAGCAUAUCUGAAAUGUUAUCAAAUGACGAAAACAUAACCACUACCUCUGAACUCCAAUCGGAAUCAGUUGGUCCACAAAGAGGCCGUACUGUUACAAGAUGCAAUGUUGUCCAAAGCAGAACAAAGCGCUCUGCAGUUCACUCAGGAAGACAGUCAGCAGCGAGCUUGAAAAACUCUCCUAAACUUCUGGCUAUCAACAGAAACCUGGAACCCGCAAUUACUCCCAGUGACACAAGUUCUCCAGAUGAUGGGACCGGAUUUCAAAACCCCAAUCCCCCAGUUUGUCUAGUUUCUCGGCAUUCCCCAAGUUGCCGUAGCAGAAUUCGUAUGCGUGAUGAACAAAUUAUUGCUAGGUUAAGGACAAUUGUUAGUCGAGGUAAACCUUCAGAAAAAUAUGAAACCCUUGGACGUAUUGGUCAUGGAGCUUCGGGUGUUGUUUAUAUCGGUCGAGAACUUCAGUCUGGGUGUCGUGUAGCUAUUAAACAGAUGAGUCUACGACAACAACCUAGAAAAGAAUUAAUCCUCAACGAAAUUUUGGUUAUGAGAACAUAUCGAAAUCCAAAUGUAGUCAAUUACUUAGAUAGUUAUUUACUAGGAGAUGAAUUGUGGGUCGUAAUGGAAUAUUUAGAUGGUGGUUCAUUAACUGAUGUCAUUACAGAAACAUGUAUGAGUGAAUCACAUAUUGCUACAGUUUGUCGUGAAACUUUACAAGCUUUAAAAUUUUUGCAUAGCAAACAUGUAAUACAUCGUGAUAUAAAGUCUGAUAAUAUACUCUUAGGGUUAGAUGGUUCUGUAAAAUUAACAGAUUUUGGAUUUUGUGCACAAUUAUCUGCUAAAAAUGAUGAUUUUAAACGAACUACAAUGGUUGGCACACCUUAUUGGAUGGCACCUGAAGUAGUUAGCAGAAAACAAUAUGGUCAUAAAAUUGAUAUUUGGUCAUUAGGUAUAAUGACAUUGGAAAUGUUAGAAGGUGAACCACCUUAUUUAAGUGAAAAUCCUUUAAAAGCAUUAUAUUUAAUAGCAACUAAUGGUAAACCAGAUUUUCGUAAAGAUAAUCUUAGUCCGGAAUUAUUAAACUUUCUUGACAGAUGUUUAGAAGUGGAUGCUCAAUCUCGUGCUAACGCAUCUGAACUAAUUGAACACCCGUUCAUACAACAGAAUGCUCGCCCAGUGAUAACAUUGAUUCCACUCAUUCUAUUAGCACGAGAACAAGCUCGUUCUGUUACAGAAUCAUAAAUCCUUGAGCCUAUUAAAUUGUGUAAAUCUAUAAUCCUGGUUCAACGUUUGUGUAUAAAAAAGGUUACAGAAUACUUUGCUAUUUUUAAAAAAAAAACACUGCUUGUACGUAUAGGUUGCAUUUUCAGUUUUAGAUAAUAUGUUCAAGAAAUUUCCUCACUUUAUGAGUGAUAUCACUGCUCCCACUAUUUUACAUUUCGGUUAUUGUAAAGAUUAACUUCUGUUUUGCUUCAUACUUUAUCAUAAUACCAAUAAUAAACGAGCUGCGCUUCUAAUAUUUUUUUUAGUAUCUUAUACGCUAUAUAGCUAGAGUUCCUGGAUUUAUUUGUUUGAUUAUACUAAAAGAUAAUGACGAACACUGGAUUUUUAUAUUGUAUAUUUGACUGUUGUUACAUUACUGCUUUUGUGAUCAAUCUAAGAAAACAAAAACACUUGUAACCGAUUAUCGUAUUUUUUUAAUAUGAAAACAAAUGUUUUUUUCUUAAAUAUUACCUUGCACUAACAACACUUAUUUAACUGUAAGAAAAAGAAUGAAUUAAAACAAAAAUUGCCUUAUAAAGACACAUUUAUUUAAUUCCAAUUUACUCAAACUAAUUUUAUAAGGUGAACUUUUAUUCACUAGACGACUAUUUAGUUAUUCCUUUGAUUUUUUUGUUAUUUUAAUUAAUGCAAUUUCAUCUGGAAAAUUACAUCGAUGUGUAUGUCUUGUAUACAGACAAAAAUGCAUUAAUUCAAUUUAGCAUAAUACAAAAACUGAAUGACAGUUGCCAGAAGUAACCAUUAUAUUUAUCAUUUUAUUAUUAUUCAUUCCAAACAGAAUAAUUAUUUCCAUGUAAUUUAAAAAGAUUUCAUUGUACAAUCGAAAUUGAUUUUAUCAGUUUCUGAAUACACGUUACAUAAACUACUAUUAUUAUUGUGUCAUUAAUAGUAACAAUUGUAUUCUUUUUUUUGCCAAUUAAAAUUCUCGCUUAGUGACUAUCCGUUAUAAUCACGUUUUAUAUAUGAUAGACAAUUUGUACAGUUUGAUUUUCAUUUGUAUAAAAUCAUCAGGAUGGGGAAAACAACUCUUAAUUUAUUGGCUUGUUAUUCAAGAAAUGCGAACUUUUAAUGAUAAGUUUAUCAAUAAU